ACCCAAUGUUGAGUCACUUCUUGUAUAGAAUUGAUUACAAGUUUUAAUUGAAUUGAAAUUAACGUUAAAUUGUUAUUAAUUUUUCAACACUUUUACGAGUGAUUUGUCAACAAUUUGUUUAUUAAAUUGUUUUAUAUUUAGACGUGAAUUGCAAUUGAAUUAAUAGUUUUAUUCAAUUUGUUUGCAUAACAUGUAAUAACUUUGUUAUUAAUCGCGAUAUAUAUAUUAAUAUAUAUAUGAUAUACUAUAAGGACAUCAUAAACACAAAUAAGUGAUUUAAAUACAAAUCAAACAAUAAGUAAAGGAAAGGGAGAACUCUGAGGAACGUUUGAGUACAACAAUGAGUGUCUCAUUUGCCUCUCUUUCAUCACUUCAGUCACAAAUUCAAUUGUUGACCCCAUUGACCACAUAUUUGGCCACUUUAUUGAAUGGCAAACGAUGUCAUCUUCAUGUGAAACGAAAUGACCAAAUAAGUGAUGAAUCACUUAGAGGUGAAGCCUUAGAUGAAGCACUUAAUGUAGUAAAUGAUAUGUUUUCCGAUGAAAAGUCGAGAAAACUAUUGUUAAAUAAGUUAAGUUGUAAUACAAUUAACAACAAUUGUUAUAAGAGUCAAAUCACCAAAGUUUUAGUCAAUAAGAUUUUUGUUGUCAAACGAGAACCACUUCAAUGGCUUACAUCUCAUAUAUCAUACGCCAGUUUUGAUGAAAACAAAUAUAACAAAAAGUCAUCAGAAUAUCGAUUAUUUUCGAGAUGUAUUUCAUUGUCAACUCUUAAUAAUUACACUCAAAUUCGUACAUUUAAGACAAAGUCGACUGGUUUUACAGGAUUGGGUAGCGGUUCCAAAGGUAAACACACUCAAGACAGAGAUGAAACAUCAUUAGGAAACAUGAAAUUGGGUUCAAUUUUUGGUAUUAAUAAAGAAAAAAGUGUUUCACCAGAAAAUGAUAAAAUGAAAGAAUUUCUCAACGAAGAGAACAUGACUAUCAAUGAAAAGGACAAACUUAAGAUUGCUUUCGCUGAGGGGUAUUUAGCAGCAGAACCGCGAUCUAAAACAUCGUCUAAAUUAAAAGUUUUUACAAUAUUUCGUGACUUAAUGGGAAUUGUUUUGAUUAUUGCAAUACUGUUCUCAUUUAUGGGUGGAUCAUUUCGACGAGUUCUCAUCGGUGGCUCAAAUGAAGUGCAUCCCGAAGAUAUUGAUGUAACAUUCGAUGACGUCAAAGGAGUCGAUGAAGCAAAACAAGAACUUCAAGAAAUUGUUGAAUUUCUUAAAGAUCCCGAAAGGUUUUCAAUUUUAGGCGGAAAACUGCCAAAAGGUGUGCUUCUAGUUGGUCCUCCAGGAACUGGAAAAACAUUGUUAGCCAGAGCUGUUGCUGGCGAGGCUGGUGUUCCAUUCUUUCAUGCGGCCGGACCUGAAUUUGAUGAGAUACUUGUCGGACAGGGAGCUCGUCGUGUUCGUGACCUCUUUAGUACGGCUAAAAUGAAGGCCCCGUGUGUUGUGUUCAUUGAUGAGAUUGACUCAGUCGGUGCUAAACGAAGUAAUUCAGUGUUACAUCCAUACGCUAAUCAAACAAUCAAUCAAUUGUUGACCGAAAUGGACGGAUUUCGACAAAACGAAGGCGUUAUUGUUUUAGGCGCAACCAAUAGACGCGACGAUUUAGAUAAAGCAUUACUAAGACCGGGACGUUUCGAUGUCGAAGUUCAAGUGCCUGUCCCUGACUUUCACGGCAGGAAAGAAAUUCUUCAGUUAUACUUAUCUAAAGUUAAAUAUUCUAGUGAUGUAAACAUUGAUAUGUUAUCGCGUGGAACCACUGGUUUCACGGGAGCCGACUUAGAAAAUCUGGUCAAUCAGGCGGCGCUCAGAGCGGCUAUUGACGGGCAGACUUCAGUUGAUAUGAAGUAUUUAGAAAACUCAAGAGACAAAAUACUUAUGGGUCCCGAAAGGAAAAGUCGAAUACCAGAUGAAGAAGCAAAUGUUAUUACAGCUUAUCAUGAGGGAGGACAUGCAUUAGUUGCUCAUUUCACUAAAGACGCCCAUCCUAUACAUAAAGUUACUAUCGUUCCGCGCGGACCUUCUUUAGGACAUACGGCUCAGUUGCCCGAUAAGGAACACUUCUUCACUACUAAAUCUCAAAUGUUAGCCCAAAUGGAUACACUUAUGGGUGGCAGAGCUGCUGAAGAAAUAAUAUUUGGCUCCGAGAAAAUAACUACAGGUGCUUACGAUGACCUAAAGAAAGCUACUAAUUUGGCCACACAUAUGAUCAAAGACUAUGGAAUGUCUGAUAAGAUAGGCGUUCGUACCUUUGAAGACGAUCACAACUCAUUAGUCGUAGUCAAUGAUUUGGCCGCCUCUACGUCUGAAAACAUAGAUUCAGAGAUCAAGAAAAUGCUUCAGGAUUCCUAUGAAAGGGCAAAGAAUAUUCUGAAGACUCACAACAGAGAACACAAACUAAUAGCUGAAGCUCUUAUUAAAUAUGAGACUUUAAAUGCUGAUGACGUUAAAAAUAUUUUGAUGAAAUAA